UCAUUCGAGUCGGCAUUCGGUGCUUAGACUCGCAAAUCGGUGGGUACCGUCAUGAAGUUCACAACGAUCGUCUCGUCUGUCGCCCUUCUGGCCGCCCUCACCGCUGCGCAGAGGACUGAAACAACAGCUGACGCUCUUCAAAACAUUUAUUACAGAUGCAUCGACAACGAGUCCAUGUUAUCAUGCGUGAAACCCAAAGUUCUGGCCUACCUUAGCCAAGCUGUGAAAGAAGACAGACUAGCCAUUACGGACGACUUAGCAAUAGUUAAAUCUCGAAACAUGGCCGAAGAAAGCAAUGAAGAAUACUACCCUCCGCAGUACGACUCAGUAGAUCCUGCAAGGAAAGAACUUCUUAGAUCUUUGAUGUUGGAGAAACUAGACGCGUACCUGUCGAGUCACCAGCUGGAGGCUAAGCUGCCUGAGGCUAUCGUUGGCUCCAAUAUUGUGCCGAGAGCCUUAGUGGAUACCAUGCCCAGAAGCUUGACUGUUCCUUUGUCUGACUCCUCGAACGGUCAAGGCCGUGGAUUCGUUAAGAAGGUUAUGAUACCGUUCCUGCUGGGUCUGAAGUUCAAAGCUACCGCUCUGGUGCCGCUCGCUCUUGCCUUGAUUGCUCUGAAGACCUGGAAAGCUCUCACCCUGGGUCUCCUCUCGAUGGUGCUCAGUGGAGCGAUGAUGAUCUUCAAGCUGACGAAACCCAAGGUCGCCUACGAGGUCGUGCACUACGGACACCCACCAGUAGAGCACCCACCACACUGGGAAACGGCAGCUCAUGGUCCCUAUAGGGGGUACAGAAAAUAAGCUGACGAAGAACCUCAAUUUCCUCCCCCUAGAAUCGUUCUAUUUAUUAUUUAUUAAAGCGCGACUCUGACUUAUUUAUAAAUAAAAUUUCUUACAUGGUCUCA